CGCGGGCGGGCUCGGCCCGGGCCCCGCCGCCUCAGCCCGGGUGCGCGGCCAUGGCGAGCCUCCUGUGGCGGCGGGCCGCCGCCGCCGCCGCCGCCCGGCGCCGCCUCCUCGUCCUUCUCCCCCCGGCUCCGGCGGCGCGGCGCGGCAGCUGGGGGUUGCCCGCCGCUCUGGUACGCCGGGGCGGCCUGGUGGGCGGCCGCUGGCUGGAGACGCCCGCCGCUUUCCCCGUACAGGACCCGGCAAGCGGCGAGGAGCUGGGCCGGGUGGCCGACUGCGGGGCGGCCGAGGCGAGGGCGGCAGUGCGGGCCGCUCACGAAGCCGGCGCCGCUUGGGGCCGCCUUCCCGCCAAGGAGAGGAGCGUGUGCCUCCGCAGGUGGUACGAGCUGAUGAUGGAGAACAAGGAGGAGCUGGCGAGGAUCAUCACGGCCGAGAACGGGAAGCCUCUGAAAGAAGCAGAGGGUGAAAUCCUGUAUUCUGCCUCGUUUCUGGAGUGGUUUGCGGAGGAAGCUCGCCGGGUUUAUGGUGAUGUCAUUCCAGCGUCUGGGAAAGACAGAAGAAUCCUGGUGCUGAAGCAGCCAGUAGGAGUGGCGGCCAUUAUAACCCCAUGGAAUUUCCCCAGCGCUAUGAUUACCCGGAAGGUUGGUGCGGCUCUGGCAGCUGGCUGUACGGUGGUAGUGAAACCUGCAGAGGACACACCUUUAUCAGCAUUAGCUCUUGGGGAGCUUGCAAACCAGGCUGGAAUUCCAGCGGGAGUGUAUAAUGUUGUUCCUUGUUCCAGACAGCAGACACCAGCUGUAGGGGAAGUUCUGUGCACUGAUCCAUUGGUAGCCAAAAUAUCUUUUACUGGCUCUACAGCAACAGGAAAGAUACUGCUGAAACACGCAGCUGGCACUGUGAAGCGAGUUUCCAUGGAGCUUGGAGGACAUGCUCCUUUUAUAGUGUUUGACAGCGCCAAUGUGGACCGUGCUGUUGCAGGAGCCCUUGCUUCUAAGUAUAGAAAUUCGGGGCAGACCUGUGUUUGCACAAACCGUUUCCUGGUGCAAAAGGGAAUCCAUGACAAAUUUGUGGAAAAGUUUGCUGAAGCUAUAAAGAGAGAACUACACGUCGGAAGUGGGUUUGAUGCAAAAACUACCCAAGGGCCACUAAUUAAUGAAAAAGCAGUGGAGAAGGUAGAGAGACACAUUAGUGAUGCAGUUUCCCAAGGAGCAUCUAUUGUGACUGGAGGGAAACGACACAGCUUGGGGAAGAAUUUCUUUGAGCCAACAUUACUUAGUAAUGUUACAACAAAAAUGCUUUGCACCCAAGAGGAGACAUUUGGCCCUUUAGCACCAGUUAUCAAAUUUGAGACUGAAGCAGAAGCUGUUGCUAUAGCAAAUGCAGCUGAUGUGGGUUUAGCAGGAUAUUUCUACUCCCAAGAUCCAGCUCAGAUCUGGAGAGUUGCAGAACAGCUGGAAGUUGGAAUGGUUGGUGUUAAUGAAGGCAUAGUUUCCUCAGUGGAGAGUCCUUUUGGUGGGGUAAAACAGUCUGGCUUGGGGCGAGAAGGUUCAAAAUAUGGCAUCGAUGAAUACUUGGAAAUAAAGUAUGUCUGCUUUGGAGGCUUAUAAAAAACUUCAAAAAGCACAAUCCCAACAGCUUGGAAAAGAGUGCUGUAGUUUUAAUAAGCUUCUUGAACUAGAAAUAUGUACGAAUGCAACUCCUACCUUCUUUAAAACUAAGCAACCCUGUUCUGUAUGUGUAGAGAUAUUUACAGUAUUCUGUGCUGCCAUAUGUUUUUACAUGUUCUUUAUUUAUACAUUCAGUUUUUGAGCAGUGCCAUCACAAUGUCCAUCAUUUCUAGUAAGGAAUAGGGAAGAACGCACAUUUAUUAUUCUUGGAUUACCCCUGUGUAACUGGGAGGAUUUGGAGACUUCUGCAUAAUGAAAACAGAUCAUAACCUAUGGCAAGGAGAAACUAGACCACCAUUUUCUACUGCCUCUAAUGUUUCAGUGUGGAUGUGGGAGGCUUUGGGGAUAGCAGCGUCCCUUUAGAAUUUUCUAAUGUGGUUAUGUGACCUUCUUUUAGAAGCAGUUGUGUCUUUUAAUCGUGGGAGAAUCUGGUGCUUAUGAAAGGUGAGGAAUUGCUUUUAGCUACAGCUAGGCAUCCAUGCAGGCAAACAGACAGCUUUUGCAGUGUAUGUUAAUGCUGGCUGCAGAGCUGCCACCUGUUCAGCUUUGGGCUUCUGAGCAGAGAGAUGCCUAACAGCUUCCAUGCCAGGGAUCAGAUACAGCCCUUGUCUGAUGUUUGUGAGCCCCAGCAGUCCUGGGAAGAGGACAGUCCAGGACAAGGAGUUGCUGGCUGAGUGAGUGGCAGGAGGAAAAUGGGAUGCUUACUUGCAGGAAUAACUUGCAGACUUGUAAGGGGAUACCGUAAUAGCUGUGUGAAGGAAGAACAAGUAGUGAUGCGAUGGUACAGAUAAACUCCCUUCCAGUAAAAGAACGUGAUUCUCCUUGGGUAGAAGUACAGUCACUGAUGUACAUGUUGCUCAGUGUCUAAAGGAACAUUACUCACCACCUCUAAAGAACAUGACGAGAUAGAUGGUUCCGUUUGUUCCUAUGGGCUUUGUGCCUUGAAUUGGAUGUGUGGUUACCGUUAGCCAGGAAGGUUUAAAAACUUUUGAACUUGGCUAACUUGUGACCUAAUAGAGGCUUAAAUAGAAUUGCUUAGAGGUGAGAGUUCUACAUCUCACCUCACUAUUUUGUCAUCUUCAAAAGAUGAUGUAAAGCUUCCUUAAAACAAAAUAAACAAUGCUAUUUAAACAUUAUUUUAAUGGCAGUCAAAAGAAGCACUUUAAAAAACGUGCAAUGUUAAUUUGACAAACAGAUCAGCACUGCAGAGGCUAAGGAGAGUAAGUUUUGUCUCCUGUGUUGGGUAACUUUAUUUAGUGGGGCUUUACCCAUUAAUUAUUAAAAACAAAUAAAAGGCGGCAACAGAGCUCUUCUUCCUAUACACUAAUGAAUGUACCCUAUGAAAUGGGAUAUUUUAAGAUAUUUUAUUCAAUCAGGCAAAGAAGUACCAGGUAAGACGAGACUUGGUGGGGGGGGGGAAGCAAGCUGGAACUGAGUUUCACAGGGUUUUUUAAAAGCGCACAUAAGGUAGCAUUGACUGCUACUUAUUAUUUCUAAAUAUUUUUUAUGGUUAUAUUUGUGUAACACUUGAGACCAGGCGGGUCUGGAGGACAUUAUCUGCCAGUAGAAUGUGUGUGCAUCGUGCCAACCGAAGGGCAGUUCAAGGACAAUUACUGCCCCACCAGUAAAUUUCCAAUGCACCAAAAAUGCACAUUUAAGAUAGUGAGGACUUAAUACUGCUAUCAGUUGCAGCAUAUGUGCUUGUCGUCAAGAUCAAAAGAAGAAAAAAAAAAAAAAGACCUAUUUCUACACUAGUUGCAAGGAACUUUCUUAUAGCCAACUUCUAAGCUUACAGUAUUGAACACAUAGGCUGCCUGAAUUUGGGGAAUACAGCAUUGUGGAAGAGGAAGUUUGCCAGCCUUGGCUGCCAAUACAUGUUUGUUUCUUAUUGGAAAGAGUAACUAGGUAGAAGCAGGUCAUAACUUGGUGCCUGGGUACCACAAUACAGUGAUGCAGGCACACUUACAAGUAUUGUACAUGGGUAGUUUAUCUGCCACUGAAAUUGCACAGACUGAAAAUAUGUCUGCCUGUGAACUGCGGUAUAAGGUCAACAUAAAAGUUACCUCAUUUACUGCUGUAUGACAGUACAGUUGGAGGAUAAAUUCUUUAACCCGCUGCUCUAUUCAUCACAAAGUUAUUGAUCUGAUGCAUUGGUGCAUUUAAAAUCUUUAUGUCUUUUCUGAGAAUAGCACUGUUAAAAUUAAUGAGUAAAUGUUUACUUUUUUCCUAGCAAAUAAUACAUUUUACUAUGCCUGAUAACAAGCACAAACCAUAAUUAAAGAUAAGGUAUGUAAUAAACUUUAAAAAUACCUUUGUCUAGAUUGGGUUGCGGUUGGAUUCCAGCAUAGUAUCUUUGUGUCAGUAAGGUCUACAUCAGUUAAGCACAGAAUAAUCUUAAGGUUGUCUUCAUAGCAAAAGCUGUGAUUCUUCAACAAAAAAUAUACUUGAAUUCUCACACCUCAGUUAUGUUGAUUACACUUGUGAUAGCUUAGCAAUUUCUGGAUAUUAAAACUGUGAUGGAAAAGUGUUUUCAGUUAAUAAAUAACUUCUGUGAAAGCA